AAUGAAAUAUAAAUCUUAAUUAAAUGAAUCAUAGUUCCUUUUGGUCUGUUUCGUUUGGUUUUAAAACAAAACAAAUUCAACUCUAUUUUCUAAUACCAUUGAUUCAAAUUCGAUUGCCAAUUUUCCUUGUAUGGUAGGCCGCUAGGUAUUGACAAUGGUCACACCUGUCAGUGAGGACAAACAAAGUCCUUAAUUUUAUUAAGAAAGCAUAAAAUUGUUGAACUAUCUAAAACCGCACCAUUUCCAAUGUCGAUACCUUUUACUAUUUAUUUACGAGUCAGUCGAAAGACUCGAAAGUAAUCACGCGGCCGAACAAUGAUCUCGAUCAAUUUUUGCUCUUUUACCUUUUUUGACGGUUUUUCUUACUUUUUGUAGCCAGUAGCCAGUAUAAAAUAAAUUGGACAGUGCAGUCUAAGCAUCAGUUGAAUGGCGCCAUUCAACGAUAUGACUACACACCUUUAGAGCAAUAUAGAAGUGGUUCAGUGACAAAAUGUUCGUGAAAAGUGUUCUUGUGCCUGUUAUCGUGUGUGUGCAUUUAUCGAAAGCUGUUAUAGAUGGAUCCGAAUCGAAUACUAUAUCCGAACCGCCGAAGAAUGUCUCGGAAAGAGCGGGAAGAUUUCUGCAUAAAGACUGCAAUAGCAGCCUAAGUGCUAAAUGCUUGAAGAUUCAUGUGUUAUCCUUUAUAGAAGAUCUUAGCUCUCGCGAUGAGCUUUCUCUUCUACCAGGGUUAAGCAUUGUGAAGGAAAAUAAAACAGUAAACUCAUCAAGUCCUGAGGAACUAGCGGCAGAACUGUCGAGGCAGUUCCCUGGGAAGCCUGAAGAGAAACUGAACAGGUUCUUGCUGCAUCGUCUCCAAGACUAUUUGGAUGGACAUUCAUUGAAGUAUAGGUUGUUGGAUCCGAAGACUUCUGAAGAAGCUAUGAGUAUGGCUAAAGGGGAUUCGGCUUCAGUUGGGAGGAAAAGCGGUGGUGGCGGGGGCGGGCUCGGCGGCGGCGGCAAAGGUGGCGGCGGCGGGUUGCUGGCAGCCGCUAUGAUGAUGAAAGGAGCUUUAGCGGCAGCAGCCCUCGGCGCCCUAGCCCUACUAGCAGGCAAAGCUCUCAUGGCUGCCCUAAUGUCCCUCCUCCUAUCAGCCCUAGUAGGCCUCAAGGGUCACGGCGGAGGAGGCAAGACUACCUACGAGAUCCACGCGAAACCAGAGGUCUCCCAUCAUCACUCGCACAGUCACGAGGAACAUCACGAACAUGAACAUGGACAUCAUGGCGGGUACAGGAGGGCUUAUGAACCUGAUGCGUAUAGCAGCUAUAUGCCCUAUGGGACUUCGAGCGCUAGCUCAUAGAUCUAGUACACUCGUAACUUUUGUAAUUGGUUAAAGUCAAAUACAGAUCUAGGUUUUUGGACUUUCAACAUAAUUAUACGAGUAUGUUGAAAAAUCAAUAUUUAUAUUCAGUGUCGGGGCAACACCAAAAUUUGGUGUGGGCAAGGUACUUUUACCGAGGCCCUCUGGUGGCGCAAGAAAUAACGAAUUCCUCCGAGUCCUCGCCUCCGAGUUUACGUAUUUGAGGCGCGAGGCCUCUCGGACCGCGAGGCCGUAGGCCACGUCGCCCACGCCUAGCGCCGCCUCUGUUUAUAUUGAUUUCGAAAUACGAUUUCGUCGAAAGGCGUAUUGGAAAUUGGUACUUGACUGUGUUUGGUUUUAAUGCAAGCCAAAUAAUUCUUAGUGUUUAGUAAUUUAUUAAUUAGUUAAGUAUUUAUUUUGUUUGUUGUGAAUUGUUUAUUUAUUGCAGUUACCGUUGGGUGUGUUAAAGUUUUAUUUAUUUAAUUGUUCUUACUUUUUUCCUAUUUUUUCCCACCGUAGAAAUACACUAUGUUUUACUUGUAGUAAAACUUUAUUCAAUUUAUGUUUUUAUUAUUGUAUAUUUACUUCAAAUCUUGACUGUCAUUUAUAUAUAUAUCAUUUAUGUACAUUUAUGCGUUUCUCAUAUUGAUGACAUAUUUAUAUUAUUUUGUACUCUUGUAUUUAUAUAGGUAUUUAUGUAGGUAUAUACACAGUAUUCCAUAAUGUGUACUGUAUUACUUAUUUCAUAUUAUAAGCGGUAUAUAUAACUGUGAUAUUAUCCUUAGACUAUUUAUUUUACCAUGAUUAUAUGCAUUUAUUACUAUACCAAAAACUUUUUUCGUCAUUAUUGUUAUAUAAAUAUUUAUUUUUGUGA